AAAAUAAUUGACUUCUAGACAAACAAAAUAUAACUCAGGCUACGGUUUUGCGUAAACGAGAUGGCUACACACCCUGGAGAUGCCAGAUUACCAAACUUUGAAGAAGGAAAAGCCUUUCCAGUAUUCAGGAAGUAUGCACCUUCGAAAGCUGUUUGUUUAUACUUGAUUAGACGUGAUAUAUGGAGUAAUCUACUUGAAGUUUAUGAAAGAAAAAAAUAAACAGGAGAAGAAGCGUCAGAAUUACCCGAAUGUGGUGCAGCCCCCUUACCAAGCCUCAUCAUCAUGGAAUAAGUGAGGGAAUAAUACAUGUGAACCCAUUGCUCAUUCCAAUAGGAUCCUACGUAUUCGCAGAAGUUUCAGCCAAGUACCGAUAUGUUAACACAGAUUUAGACUCAUCCCAUUGCGAAAUGAAUGAAGUCGUUUUUCAUAGAUGCAAACAGAUUUUACCACUAAAAAACUAUUUUGCAGACCGAGAAGAAAAUCUAAGAAAUCUUCCACAUGACCUUGAUACACAUUCUAUACGCAUAAGAGAAUUAUAUAAUAAAUCAGGAGGUCCUGUUAGCGAUGCGGCAAUGCGUGAUGAGAAUUUAUAUACUUCUGGAACUGAUAACAAUACACACGCUAGAAACACUUUUAUCCCACAAACACAAGCAACAAAGUUUCUGGAUAUUCAGAUUACCCCUAUGCAACUUUCACAUUCCCGUUUCGCUUCGACAUUAAUGGUAGUCGGGAUUCUGUAUACAUAAAAAACUUCCGCAACUAAUUAUUGAUGGAGAAGAACUUCCACCUACUAGGAUGAAAUUGUUUUAUCAAGCAAUAUUUGGAUUCACAUACCAUGAGUCAGAUACAGACCCUGAUACGCCAAGUGAGCUAUCUGAUUCCAAUGAAG